UUAGAAUGUAAUGACAUUUGUGGGGUGAGACCGUGCCCAAUUAGGAGUGAGCAGAUCAUUUGAUUGGGUACCAAACCCAGAAUUUUUUCGCAAAAUCCAUACCCAACCCAAAACGAAGCCGAACACCCAAAACGCAACCCAGUUCUUCAUUAGGAUUGAUUGAUUGAUUUCUCUAGGGAAGUUCUUCUCAUUCUCUACAUACUAUUGACGAUGAAAGAUGAAGAAACAUCGAGCCGAUGACUCCAUAAGUAUUCAAUGUCGAAACUACAACCACAGAAAAGGCUUUUUUGAGCUCUCUUUGCCUUUGAUUUUUUCAUUUUGGUGUCUUGUGUUCUUGUUCUACUCUAAACUCGGCCUUACUCAUGGAAAUGAAGGGAAUUUGCAUGCUGAUAAUAGAAGCAUGAACAACUCUAGUGUUUGUGAGGAUAAGCUGUGCAACUCUGCUUAUUCACUUGUUGAAAAUGUAAACAACAGUUAUAUAAGUGGCGUGCAGUCAGAGUUUAAUGCAUCUACGACUAGAAAUAACACUUAUGUUCAUGGUAACCACUAUGCAAAUCCUUACACACUUCAGGGAACAAGUGAAUUGGAGGAAGCCAUCUGGUGUGUUUUAGGUUACACUCCAUUAGUGUGUGGAUUACAACCACAAGAACAACAAAAGGAAAAGACAGCAGAGCAACUACAGAAUGGGAGAACUCAUUCGGCUUACCUUAAUUUAGAUGAGUUUCGAAAUAUUACAAAGAAAGAGAAGGGUGGGACUGCAGCAAGUCGGCUUGUUAAUAUCACACGCCGGCUUGAGCCUGAUGGGACGGAAUACAACUAUGCCUCGGCUGCUAAGGGUGCAAAGGUGGUGGCCCAUAAUAAGGAAGCAAAAGGUGCAAGCAACAUAUUAGGGAAGGAUCAUGAUAAAUAUCUAAGGAACCCUUGUUCUGUUGGGGAAAAGUUUGUCGUCAUUGAGCUUGCUGAGGAAACCUUGGUUGAUGGAGUCAAAAUUGCAAAUUUUGAGCACUAUUCUUCUAACUUCAAGGAAUUUGAGUUGUGGGGGAGUUUGAUUUAUCCAACUGAGACAUGGUCUCCAUUUGGAAAUUUUGUUGCUGCAAAUGUUAAGCAUGCUCAAAACUUUAAACUGCCUGAACCCAAGUGGGUUAGGUACUUGAAGUUGAAUUUACUAAGUCAUUAUGGGUCAGAAUUUUACUGCACGCUGAGUGUUGUGGAGGUAUAUGGCAUUGAUGCAAUCGAGCGGAUGCUUGAAGAUCUAAUAGUGACUUCUGGGGAAUCUACAACCAAUAAUUUGCCCGAUCCUAAUUCAAUUGCAACACCUCCGUUAAUACCAGAACCAGGUCCCAGUGACCUGAGAAUAGAUGGUGAAGUUCGAAAUGUGAUUGAGGCUGCCAGUGAAGGGAUAGAAGGCAUCGACAAUGGGCAAAGGCCUAAUGUAGACGUGCUUCCCUUGACCGCAAGUAACAUUCCUGAUCCAGUAAUGGAAGUUAGACAACAACCAAAUGGAAGAAUACAUGCUGACGCUGUUCUUAAGAUCUUGAUGCAGAAGGUAAAGUCACUUGAGCUGAACUUGUCUGUGUUGGAGGAGUACAUCAAAGAACUGAACCGAAGACAAGGGGAUGUUGUGCCCAAGCUUGACAGAGAGCUAUCUAGAUAUUCAAUGCUUGUAGAGAAAACCAAAGCAGAAAUCAAGAAUCUCUUGGAAUGGAAGGAGGAUAUGGAGAAAGAAGUUACUGACUUUGAGUCAUGGAAAGAUGUUGUCUCAUCCCAAAUAGAUGCAUUGGUCAGAGAAAAUGGCAUGCUAAGAUUAGAUGUUGAAAAGGUUGUAAGUGAUCAAGCAAGCCUAGAAAAGAAAGAGAUUGUUGUGCUAGCAGUGAGCGUUUUCUUUGGAUUUCUUGCAAUUCUCAAGUUAGCUACUGCACAAGUCUUGAUGUUUUUUGGAGCCCCUCUAUCCAAUAACAUAUGCCGGACAAGUAGAGGUUGGAUUUUGAUACUUGUUAGCAGCAGCAUAACCAUAUUCAUUACCUUACUCUGUAGCUAGUCUCUGCACAUGUAUGCUCCAUGAGAAUUGGAUGCUUUAUUAUUAGCAUUCAUCCCUUUGUAAUUAUGGCUUUUAUAGGAUAGGAAUUGGAGCACGUCCAACACUUCAGUUUAGUGGUUAGUAGAGAUUAUACCAUUCGGAAAUUGGCAAAUAUGGUUGUAUAGUUGGAUUUAGAUUGAGGAGAUCAAAUUACUUCUUGAUAGUUAGUUCCCUUUCUGGGUUCUACGUCGACAUUUGGGGACAUGGUAGUAUCCAUUCUAGGACAACUUGUGUAUGAGCUACUUGUUAGCUAUUAAUAUGAUAUAUUGAUUACUGGCCAUGUUAGUGCCCUUCUUUGGAAGAACCGGAGAAAAUAUUUUGGUGAUUGUUCAUAUACA